AUGACGUCUGCAAAACUAAAACGAUUGUACGAUGAAUUGCAUCAAGUGGAAGCAGGAACUCAUCCCAAAUAUGUGGAACGGUUGCAUCAGAUCGAAGAACUCUACGAAGAACAGAAAGAACGCGAGCAAAUAGCUUACGAGCUAGCUCUGGAAAGGAUAGACUACGAGUACAAGCGACGGAAACAACAGACGCAAGAUGAGUUAGAGAAAAAAGAGAAGGAACUUGUCCAGUCAAUGCUGGCAGACUUAGAUGAAAUGGAAAAGCGGAUAGAAUGGGAGUAUACAAACAUGGAUGUUUCUCGCACUGGAAGCAUGAACAUCAUAGAUUCCACGAAGAAGACACUACGCGGCCGAGGAGGAGUGCUGAUCGAACCACCGACGUACUUCAACGCAACGCCGAAGCCGGCGACACCAAACAUUACACCUGAUACCAGAUAUCUCCUGACGGAUUCUGAAAUAGCUGAAGACGUUCGAGCGUUCACAGGAGGUCAAAGCUGUCCUCAGAAGAAUCAACGGCUUUUCGAGGUGAUACUAGUCAAACAGAAGCUCACCUAUGAUGGGAAAGUAUACAAACAAGGCGAAGAGGUGCACGUGGAAAAUACGGAAUACGGGAAAUUCCCAGCAAAGAUGGACUGCAUUACGGACACUGUAGUAUCAUUCAAAUCAACGCUACCUUGGGACACGAGGCAGAUUCAUGCUUCAUACUCCGAUUUGACUGAAGGACGGGUGCAAAUAUCAAAGAAAAGAAACAAUUAG